CACGAGCAGUGUUAAAGGAAUAUACACUCAGUAUUUUGCAAAGUAAAAGUCAAGUUAAUUAUACAAAAAUAAAACUGAAAAAGAAAUAUAUAAAAUAAAUCAGUGACGAUGCUAGAAUGGCAUUCAAUUUUUUUGAUAUUUGCAAUAUCGAUUAUAAGUCAGCGUAUCGAUGCAGAAAAAACAAGCAUUGGACUUAUUUACGAGUCCACAAACCCUGACAUAGAAAAGGUAUUCCAAAAAGCAAUUGACGAUGCCAAUGAAAGCAGUGAAGUAAUUCAACUAACUGCCGUUAGCGCUGCUAUUACUCCUGGAAAUGCUUUUGAAACAUCAAAAAAGCUUUGUAAAAUGCUCCGAUCAAGUGUAAUUGCGGUUUUUGGACCAUCCACAACAUUACCAGCCGCACAUGCCAUGAGCAUUUGUGAUGCCAAGGAAAUGCCAUUUAUGGAUACCCACUGGGAUUUUUCCGCACAAUUGCCCACCAUCAAUUUGCAUCCCCAUCCAAAUCAGUUAGCUGUAGCUUUACGUGACUUAGUUACAACGCUUGGCUGGCAAGGAUUUACAAUUCUCUAUGAAACUGGUGAAUAUUUGUCAGUUGUAAAUGAAUUACUUAAACUAUAUGGAACGAGUGGUCCAGUUGUUACACUACGUCGCUAUGAGUUAGAUAUCAAUGGGAACUAUCGCAAUGUCCUGCGAAGGGUAAAAAGGUCUGAUGACUUUUCGAUUGUAGUUGUUGGUUCCAUUGAAACUCUUCCUGAACUCUUCAGCCAGUUGCAACAAGUUGGCCUAAUGAAUGAUGAAUAUCGCUAUGUUGUUGGAAACCUUGAUUUACAAACUAUUGACCUGGAACCCUAUCAGCAUAGUGAUGUUAAUAUAACAGGCUUUCGAUUGGUUUCGCCGGAAAAUCAGCGUGUCAUUGAAAUUCUAAAAUCGAUUGAUAACAGUGAACAGAGUUCCUCACAAAAUAUAUCCUGUCCCCUGAAUGUAAAUAUGGCGUUGGUCUAUGACGGAGUACAAUUAUUAGUGGAAACUUUAAAGUAUGUCAAUUUUCGGCCUGUGCAAUUGAAUUGCAAUGAUGAUAGUAGCUGGGAUAAGGGAUACACUUUAAUAAAUUACAUGAAGUCGCUUUCAAUAUCAGGAAUAUCCGGUGAACUUAAAUUCGACAAUGAAGGCCUUCGCACUGAUUUCCAACUUGAAACUAUUGAAUUGACAUCUUCGGGAUUGUCAAAGAUAGGCACAUGGUCUUCACAAGAAGGUUUUUCAAUGAAUCGUAAGCCACCCCCUCAAGCACUUGAAGUCGAUCAACGUUCUUUGGUUAAUAAAACUUUUGUUGUAAUAACUGCAUUGACGGAUCCCUAUGGCAUGCUCAAGGAAACACCAGCCAAAUUGGAAGGAAAUGAUCAAUAUGAAGGAUUUGGUAUUGAUCUUAUUGCAGAAUUGGGGAAAAAACUUGGAUUUAACUUUAAAUUUAGAUUACAAGAAGACAAUAAAUAUGGUUCAUUGGAUCCUGUAACUGGAAAGUGGAAUGGAAUGAUUUUGGAAAUUAUAGAAGGUCGGGCUGACUUGGGCAUUACAGAUCUUACUAUGACAUCUGAUCGUGAAAGUGCUGUUGAUUUUACUAUUCCCUUCAUGAAUUUAGGAAUUGCAAUUUUAUACAAAAAACCGGUUACAGAGCCUCCCAAACUUUUUUCCUUCAUGUUGCCAUUUUCGGGAGAAGUGUGGCUAUUGCUAGGAUUAGCAUAUUUUGGAGUUUCAGUUAGUCUUUUUGUUCUAGGACGAUUAUCUGCUGCUGAAUGGGAUAAUCCUUUUCCAUGUAUUGAAGAGCCAACAGAAUUAACAAAUCAAUUUAGCUUUGCAAAUUCAUUAUGGUUUUCCGUUGGGGCUUUAUUUCAACAGGGAUCAGAAAUUGCACCAAAAGGAAUAUCGACAAGAAUAGUUGGAUCAGUUUGGUGGUUCUUCACAAUAAUUCUAGUUUCUUCGUAUACAGCUAAUUUGGCUGCCUUUUUGACUGUUGAAUCAGUCAGUUCUCCGAUUGAAAGUGCCGAGGAUCUUGCAGCAGGUAAAGGAAAUGUUAAAUAUGGAGCCAAAAAGGGCGGAAGUACUUUUACUUUUUUUCAAGAAGCAAAUUAUCCUACUUACGAAAAAAUCUAUGAAUUCAUGAAAGAGAAUCCAGAAUACAUGACCACAACCAACAACGAAGGAGUGGAGCGUGUUGAGAAUGAAAACUAUGCCUUCUUUAUGGAAUCUACCACAAUUGAGUACGUUGUGGAACGAAAGUGUACCCUAGCUCAAGUUGGACAAUUGCUGGAUGAAAAGGGCUAUGGAAUUGCUAUGCGCAAAAAUAGCCCCUAUAGAGAUGUCCUAAGUCUAGCUAUUUUGGAAUUACAAGAACAAGGUGUCCUCGCGAAAAUGAAAACAAAAUGGUGGAAAGAAAAACGCGGAGGAGGAGCAUGUGCGGAAGAUGAUGGAAGCAGUCAAGCAAACGAAUUAGGAAUGCCAAAUUUGGGAGGUGUAUUUUUCGUCCUCUUUGUCGGUUGCAUCCUUGCAAGUUUAAUUGGAGUUUGCGAAUGGAUUUUGAGUAUUUAUUUCAGAGCAAGAGAUAAUAAGGUGCCAUUCAAAAAAGUAUUUCUCGAGGAAUAUCAUUUUGUUAUGCAAUGUUCAGGAAAUACUAAGGCAGUUAAAUAUCCUAAAAGUAGCAGAAGCUCCAGCACAUUUUCGAGGUCUAGUUCCGGCUUCAAAUCGAAAAGAUCAUCAAUCAGCCUGGAUUCUAUUCCUACAGAUUGGAAUGAUAGUAAAAUAGAUAAUAAUUAUCAUAGUGAAUAUGAGAAAAACCACCAUCACCACCACCAAAAUAAUCAAAUAAAUAUUUAACUUUUAUUGA